AUUUCUUAUUUUGUUGAUUAAUUUUAUUGUUUAUCAAUUCUUUGUAGUUUUAUAAAAUUAAUUUUAUUUUAUUAUGGAGACACGAGUAUUGUUACAAUCUACUAGUUGUAAGACACCAUUUAGAAUUGAUGGUCGAAAGCCAAGUGAAACUCGUCACUUGGUUUGUCGUGUUGGUGUUUUUGAACAAGCGGAUGGAUCGGCUUAUUUUAAGAUCGGAAAUACCCAAGUUUUGGCCACAGUUUAUGGGCCUCAUGAUACCCGUGGUAGAAGUAAAGUUAAUCCAGAGAAAGCUGUGAUUAACUGUAAGUACAACAUGUCCACAUUUAGUAAGACAACGAGGAAAAAUUUACCCAAAGGUGAUUACCGGUCAAUAGAGAUAAGUAACAAUUUAACUCAGAUUUUUGAUUCCGCCAUUUUGACUGAACUGUAUCCACAUUCACAAGUUGACAUUUAUUUAGAGGUUAUUCAAUCAGAUGGAAGUGAUUACGCUGCUUGUGUCAAUGCUGCUUCAUUAGCUGUUAUUCAUGCUGGUAUCCCAAUCAAAGAUAUUGUCUGUGCCUGUAGUGCUGGAUUCAUUGAUAAUCAACCGAUUACUGAUGUAAAUGGAAUUGAAGAAUCAUCAAAUAAUACACCUACCCUGACAGUAGCCAUGUUACCCAAGGAUAAACAGAUACUUUCAAUGGAAUCAAGUGGAAAAAUUCAUUUAGAUAAUUUAAUUGAUGUUAUGGAUGCGGCAAUCGAAGGAUGUAAAUCUGUUCUUUAUGUUAUGAAGCAAACAAUUCUCACUCAUAUUCAAGAAUUAAAGGAAUAAAUUGUCACCCACAAGUCCAAGGAAACAAGCAAAGAAAAAAAAAUCUCUAAUUCUCAUAAAUCACCACCAUCAUCAUCAUUACACUAAUUGAAUUAGUGAAACUUAAAUAGUGAUAACAAGUAAAAUUACUCAACAAUAGUGAGUCAAAUGGCUGUGAUUUACAUUUAAUUUCAAUCUAAUUUGAAAGAAGAUGGAAAACCACAAAUCAAGUUAUACAUUAUAUUACAAUUUCUAAUUGUGACCCAACAAGUUUACAACAAUUUAGAGACAACAGCAAAUCAAAUCAAUGACUCAUUAGAAGAUGAUCUGAAAAGAAAGCAAAAUCACUGAUUGUUAUGAUUCACUUUUAAUCUAAUGUAAUCCAUUUAAUCAUAAUAACAUGAGGAGAGAUACAAACAACA